AUGAGCUCCUCCGACCAAGACGGUGGCGAUGAUACCCUGAAUGAGAUUCUGGCAGAUGCUUUGGACGCAGAGGACGACAGCCAGGCGGAUGUGAAUGUGGAAAGUCCUGCGGUCGGACGCCUUCAAGCUCUACAGGGUCUGCUCAGCCAAUUCGACGAUGGUGUUGAGACUGACGGGACACCAAGUCCUAAGAUGCCGCGACGGGAGAUGUCUGGACAAGCGAAAGAUGAUCUCGGUUCCAAAGAUUGUGAGGAUUCAGCCCGGGCAGCUCUCAGCAAAGACGAUCCUGAGGCAGGUCGGGCCGGAGUACUGCGCCAACAGCAAUUCCAGUUGGCCCAGAUGGAGAAGGCCUUGCAGUUGGUACGGGACGCCUCCGCAAACCCACGCGCAGAUUCCGUCGAACUGAAAGACUUCCAACUCCGCUGCCUCGGUCCAGUGAUCCCACAAGAACUGCCCGCAAACUUGACCAUGCUGUGCCUGUCUGGUAAUGCUUUCGAGAGUAUGGAGGAGCUGUCGCAGCAUCUAAAAGGUUUGCGGAACUUGCGCACUCUCGAUCUGUCUCACUGCCGCUUGAGCUCUUUGACCUGCCUCCCGAAGCUUCCGCUUGAGAAGCUCGAUGUCUCCAGCAACCUCUUAUCGUCCUCAGCAGGUAUUGCGAAAUGUGCCGGUCUGCGAGAGGUAUGUUUUGCAAAGAACCGAUUGGCGAAGACAGACCAAAUCGAAAUGCUACUGAACCUGGUGGUGCUGGACCUGUCGGAGAACCGCUUGCACUCAAAGCAGCUUCUUCGCCCGCUGACAGCUUGCUCCCGGCUUGAAUGUCUUCAGAUCCAUGGCAACCCGCUAGCCUCGCUAGCCCAGGCAAAGCACCGGGCAUGGGUGGCCAGCAUGUUUCCAGCAUUGAUUUGGUUGGACGACCAUGCGAUUCGGCCGCAGCGCCUGCGAAAGAAGGGGCAGCCAGAUCGGGACAAUCUACACCCAGACCGCAGCACUGCUGGCUCAGGCGCAGCCCUUCGCAAGGACAUCAAGGACUGCUCUGUGCGUACGGAGUACCUGGAGCAGGCCCGCAGAUAUGCGCGACCAACCAUAAGCAGCAAGAUGCAGGCCGUGCCGACUUCCCAGAGUGAGAAGGCGCACGGCCGGGCAUGUGAGCGCGAACUUGAACCCUCUGUCGAGCGAGUCGAGCGAGCCGAGCGCAAGAUCCAGAGGACCUCUGCACCACGCUCUGGGGCUUUCGCACCUGCAGCCAGACCUCAGAGGAGCAGUUCGCAGCCAUGCCCAUUCUUGCACAGAAGCUCGGAUGACAAACGUGUUUCAGCAUUUCCGGCAGAGCCGCAGCUGCGCGACACCCACAUUCAUGAUGCACGUCCCCGCGACGCCGGCAACACAACUACGACCGAGCCACAGCAGUUGCAGAACCUUACGAAGGACACCCGGUGCGCGGCAGUUUCAGCUUCGAUGGGCAUGCAGUCACGGCACUCCUCUUUGUGCCGUGAGCUCAUCGAGGAGAAGCGAAGGCUAUUGCAGCAAAUCAGCGCGAAACUGGGGGAAGGUGUGGCCACGGCAAUGUCAGCGAGACCCAUGCCUGUGGUGAACAAUAGUGUGCGGGCUGUCCCGCAACAUGAAGACCCUGGGGAGAUUAGGUCUCUUUGCGAGAGCCUGCGCAAAGACAUCCAGCGAAAGAGGCUGCUGAUCAAACAGACUAAGCAGAUCUGA